UUCGCGGUGGUGCUUCAGGAUAUCUACGGCGAAAACGCUGAAAGAUUCGCUGCCGUAACAGUCGGACCGGGCGCAUAAAUCAGCUGCACAGACUCGUGUGAGAGAGGUGACGACGCCGGCAGGCCACCCCGUCAAUAAAAUGCAAAGACGGAGAAAUAAAGUUAAAGAUAAGCCGCCCCCGGACCCACGCCGAGAGUACUUGGACGCCGAGUCCAGCGAUGAAGCGGAAAGGCUCGCCGGCCACUUGCAACGAUUAAUCGGUCAUUCGCAGGUUCCGCGCUGUUGCAGGUUCCUAAUUUGUCUCCAGGAUUAUGGUAAUUUACCCUUCGACCUCAAUCGUACCCGCCGUGUGUUGGAAGAUGAACCUAAUUCGUCCUCUCACGAGUUCUCAUGGUACUUGCACGAUUCAAAAAGAUUAUCGAACGGGAUGAAUAUUGUUGCAGAUAAAAAAGAGGUGCUACGUCCUAUAUAUGAGGCGAAUGAAUUAGAUGAAUUGGUUCAGUGUGUUAAGGAUAUGACGACUCUGAGCGGUCUGACGGACGACGAUUGGACGUGGAAAUGUGACAUGGACAUUCGCGAGUUCUUCCACGAACCGAGCAUUCCGGUCCUCUGCAUUUAUCACGUGAACGGCAGUCUGACCACAGAAUUUUCAUUUCCUACGGUGCCUGUGCACGAGCUAACCUACUUCGUGAGACAGCCCAACGAGAUUCUCUACCCGGAGAACUUUCGCGAACGCAUUCUCUUCGGGUCGAUGAACGACAAGGUGGAGAGCUAUAUACUAGGCAUCAUCCAGAACAUGUUCGCACCGAUCUUCUUCGCAAUCGAAACCUGGCCCGACAGUAUCCUUUUGCCCUCCGUCUCUGUUAUCACAUUGCCAUCAAAGUACCCAAUUAACUCGAGUUACUAA